AUGGACUCCCAGUGGCAGCAGGGCUAUGCCGACUCGGCCGGCUCUGCGAGGAGAUACAACGGCACUGGCGCCCAGAUGCCCAGGGGAGACUACAACGGACAGCAGGUUCCCCAGGGCCAGCCUCCUGCCGGCUUCAAGUACGAUCAAUAUCAGAGCCCUGGAGGUAUCUCUUCUCACACUGCCAGCGCUGCCACCUCCCCCAUGUCCACUCCCCAGAUGCGCGACGGGAACGGCGACAUCCCUAUGCACGAUGUGCAAGACUCAUACGCUGGAAUGAAGUACCCGAUGAGACCUCAUCAUCAGUCCCAUCUCUCAGGCAGUCGGUCUUCCACUCUGUAUUCGUCCCAGGAGCCCUCAGCUGCUGCCCAACGGUAUUCGCCAAUGGAGGCCCUGUCCCCCACCUCGCCUUACGCGCCCAAGUCCGCACAGAGUCAGUUCGCAUCACCUCCGGGACAACGACAGUCCCCGACGAGACAAUCCGACUAUCUCCCACAGAGCCCCCAUUAUGGUAGUCGCCAGCAGGGACAGCAGGUCCCCCCCAUGUCUCCCUAUGCCUCGGGCCAUGAGAAUUAUCCGUCUUCCACUGUCGCCGCCCUCGACAGUGCUUUUGCCGCCGACCCCAAAUCACCGCGACGCCCGAUUCCUCAGCGAGGACCUGCUCCCGAAUUCAGACCAUGCAGAGGGCCGACAGACCUUCGGCCAAAGGUCAGCUCGCAGCCUCCUUUCCGCCGCGCCAACCCGGAAGGCGGAUUUAUCAGUCCCCUGCAAGCGCUCACGGUGCACCUGCCUGCCACUUACAGGAUAUGCAACCCGAAUUUCAAAUACGAAUCCUCGCGUAACCCCCGUCGGGUCCUAACGAAGCCAAGCAAGGGCGUGAAGAACGACGGAUACGACAACGAAGACAGCGACUACAUCCUCUAUGUGAACGACAUACUGGGCUCUGAAGAAGCUGGUCACAAGAAUCGGUACCUUAUCCUGGAUGUUUUGGGCCAGGGCACUUUCGGCCAAGUCGUGAAGUGUCAAAAUCUCAAGACUCAAGAGGUUGUGGCUGUAAAAGUCAUCAAGAACCGCACAGCAUACUUCAACCAAAGUAUGAUGGAAGUGUCUGUUCUGGAUCUGCUCAACACCAAGCUCGACAAGAACGAUGACCACCACCUUCUGCGACUCAAGGACACUUUCAUUCAUCGCCAACACUUGUGUCUGGUGUUCGAGCUUCUCAGUGUCAACUUGUACGAGCUGAUUAAGCAAAACCAGUUCCGAGGUCUAAGCACAACUCUCGUCCGCGUUUUUGCCCAACAGCUCCUGAACGGCCUGGCACUGCUGAACAAAGCCCGUCUCAUCCACUGCGACCUCAAGCCGGAGAAUAUUUUGCUCAAGAAUCUCGAGAGCCCCAUCAUCAAGAUUAUCGAUUUCGGAUCCGCAUGUGACGAACGCCAAACAGUCUACACCUACAUCCAGUCGCGUUUCUACAGAUCUCCAGAGGUUCUGCUGGGACUUCCCUACUCCUCUGCCAUCGACAUGUGGUCACUUGGCUGCAUCGUUGUAGAGCUGUUUUUGGGACUUCCUCUAUUCCCCGGCUCCUCCGAGUACAACCAAGUUUCCCGUAUCGUAGACAUGCUUGGAAACCCACCGAACUGGAUGAUCGAGAUGGGCAAGCAAGCUGGCGAGUUUUUUGAAAAAAGGCAGGACGAGUUUGGUCGACGAACGUAUCAACUGAAGAGCAUGGAGCAGUACGCCAGGGAACACUCAACAAAGGAGCAGCCUAGCAAGAAGUACUUCCAGGCGAACACUCUCCCGGAGAUCAUCAAGUCCUACCCCAUGCCGCGCAAGAACAUGAAGCAAAGCGAGAUCGACAGAGAAAUGAACAAUAGAAUCGCCUUCAUUGACUUUGUCAGGGGUCUAUUGAACAUUAACCCUCUGGAGCGUUGGUCGCCGCAGCAAGCCAAGCUGCACCCGUUUAUUACCCAGCAAAAAUUCACUGGGCCAUUUGUACCGCCGAUGAACCUGAAGUCUAGUUCUCUGAAUAGGUCUCCGGCACCAGGGACUCAACAGCAGCAACAGGCUGAGGCUUUGAGCAAGCAAAGGGCACAGGCGGCUCAGGCACAGGCGAAUUCCGCCGCACAAGGAGCUUAUGCCUCAAUGGCUGCACAAUACCAGCAGCCGGGACACUCCCAAGGCACCCCGAUGUACGCGAACAACAUGUACUCUCCAAGUAACGCCCACGCAACUCAACCACCGCCAUAUGGUGCGCAACAAGGCGGGUAUGCGCAGAUGCCGAUGGCUCAAGCGCCGCAGCAAAUGCCACCCGGUCCUUACGGCAAUGUUUCCCAGCAGCCCGGUCUCUACCCCCAAACGGGAAUGCGGCCCCCUCGUCAACGUGCUUCCACCAUGGAGCAGCAGCAGAGUGGUAUCCCCAUGGCCAUUCAGCGUGUGGCUAGUCAUCUUGACCCGAGCCAACCCAUCCGACUGCAACCCAGUCCAGCGUACUACCCCCCUCCUGCUGACGGAGCUAUGGCUGGUAUGGACAACACACCUGGUCGGGCAGGCAGACGCGGGAGCCGGGCCCAACAAGGUGGAAGAGGUAAUCGGGACUUCAUCCGCAACCUUGAGGAGCGAACAUUGGAGGAGGGCUUUAUGGACUCAAUGAGCACCGAGCCAGUCAUCGUCGUUAAGAAGAUCACACUCCAUGAACUCGGUCAGGGACUGCCUACCAGUGCGAGCGAGUUGAUCAAGCCCUCUGACGGGCUUUUAGAUGGUCUCGCGGGGGAAUUGCAAGCUGUGCCCGUUGAGUCCAAAGACGACAAAACAGCCACAACAUCAAAUCCAAUAGAUCGGCUUAACGUUGCCGCUUCUACUGCUUCGCUUCCCACUGGCACUGCGGAAGAGGAUACAGCUGGUGUUCUCACACCAAUCGGGGCAGACAGACCAACGGAUCACCACUGGGAAUAUAGCAUUGACACAAAGACAGGGCAAGUGUGCUUCGAGAGAGUCCCGGGCCCACCCAAACCUUGGGUUAUCUCCAAGGAGCCCGUAUUAAACAUGACCGCUACCGGGCUGCCUGACCCUGGAUCGAAAGACGCGCAGGCCUGGGAUGAAUACAACAAGAAGCUGAGAGAAAAGAAAGGGCUGGUCACUGUCCCGCAUGCAUCUCCACUUCGCAUCACGGCUUCAACCCAACUUUCCAGAAAAUCAAGCAUCCAUAAACAGCAGGGCCGAUUGCGAACCACGCAUCCUCGCCAUCCGCCAAAGUGGCGUGCGGACGAAGAGACAGAACUCUUCCGUGGAUUUAUCGAGCCGGUGGAAACCUCGUCGAGCGCUGCCAACGUGACAAUGUCUGACAACGGAAACUAG